GAUCCAGGAAGUCGAGCUCUUGCAACACCAUGCCGCCGGCCAUAGCAGGCGCAGAAUUAGCAGCAGCUUGGGCAGUGCGGCCUAUCACCUAUACGACCUCUCACUGGCAGCCGAACUCGAACGCUGCGGCGAAAUAUGGAGCCGCGUCAACAGUCUUCAAGCAAGCCUGCCUGCGAGCGUUGCGCCGGGAACUCCUAGUCACGCGCAUGCAAGAAAAGGCACUGUCGAUACGCUCGCGAGCAGAGGUACCCAAGAAAGUCCUACGAGAAGCAGAAGCAUUGCCAACAGCGCUGCAAGCGGAGCUUCGCCAACUGCACAAGAUGGAGAGACAGGACAUGGACAAGCCGAGAGAUGAUCGCCAGCGAGACUUCUUGGUCGACAGACUUCUACUUCGACAUUGGCGCUGAAGCAUGUCCGAAGCAUGUGUACUGCAGGCAGUGCCAUAUACUACGCAAUGCCGAUGUCUGCCGCAAUGGGCGGAAUUAUGGCCGCUUCGAAGAUCUCCAUCGAUGGAUUUGUGCAGAAUACGGACAUUUCGCUGGCUUUGGUGAAAACUGGGAAGGAAUUUGAGUGAUACUUACCGAAAAGCAGGUACUGCAGCCGAGGGUACUGCCCACAAUUGAGCAGUUUGGUAAGACUCAUUUCGACGCCGUGCUCCUUCCACCAGGCUAUCGGGGCACAGGUGCGGCCUCUUUAGGAAACCCACGAGAUCAACACUUCC